UAGGCAGUUUUUUUUAUUUAGUGAAAUUAACAAACGAUUGCACUUGAUACAUAAUCAAAUACAAAAGAAAUUAUAUUGCGCGCUACCUAACUUUAUAGGUAUAGAGUUAAACUUGUAGGCAGUCCUUUGUCGUCCAUAUAUUUUGCACUUGUGUAAAGUCAACGGGCGAUUCUAUUUUUAUAUUAUACUCUGCUUUUCGAAUAUAUUUCUCAACGUAUUGUAAUUUUACGCCUGUUUUUUAGGAUUCAUCUUUCUCUUUGUCAGUGCGCUUCCUAUUAUAUUCUGAUAAUGACUUCACCAUGGAGAAAAAUUCAAUCAAUAGAAGAUCCUGUCAGUUUGUUGGAGAUAACUUCUGACCAACUUGCAAAAAGCUUACAGGAAAAAGAAUUGAAGAAAUAUAAAGAUUCUUUAAAAGAAGAGCCGAUUACAGAGAUAUAUGAUACAUAUGAAUCAAACGAUACAGACAGCGAUGAAGUAAUUGCACAAAUGCUACAAGCUCAAUAUAAUCGAGAAUAUGACAUGAUGUUAAAGCGUACUGAAACAAAGGUUAAUCGUGAUUCUAAAGUAAAUAUUUCAUAUUCUAAAUAUCGAAUGUCUUCAUUUGAGGAACCAGACGAAAGAAAAACAGAUACCGAUGAUACAAAUAAAGACUUUGACCGUUUUGUAAGUAUAGAAAAGGAGUAUGCUUCGAUACCUCGUUGUGGCUAUAAAAAAGUAGGUGAAGGAUCACAAAUUGUAACAAAGCAUGAUAUGUUAAUGUCUUCAAGGAUAAAUGCAUGCAGGGUUUUACAAUUUCCACCUGGUAUUGACACAGGAGAUACAGGUGGAUUUGAUGUAAAAUUAAAUAAUAAAGUAUUUAAUAGUUUGCGUGCUCACAGUCAUGCACAAUGGUCAAAAGAAAAAGCAAAGACAAGACCUCAUUCCAAAUAAGAUAUGAAAAAGUACAUCUUCUAUUAGUUUUUUUUUAGCAGUCUUAUGCAAUGAAGAUGAAAUAUUUGAUUAAAUGAAAUAUUCAUUGCCUUUGUAUUGUAUUCUUGAUCAAGUUUACAAUUUUAAUUGCAAUACAUUGUGAAAUCAAAAA